AUGAUGGGCCUGGCGGCCGACGACAUGAUGGACGAGUGGGAGUGGCCCGCCAACUGCAAGGCGCAGCGCGAGAUGGAGAACCACCUGCGCUGCCAGAUCUGCGGCGACUUCUUCCACGGGCCCGUGCUGCUGCCCUGCUCGCACACCUUCUGCUCCGCCUGCGUGCGCCGCUUCAUGCAGAGCAAAGGCACCAACGCCUGCUGUCCGCAGUGCAAGCAGCCCUGCGCCUCGAGGGACCUGGUGCCCAACCGCGCGCUGGAGCAGGUGGCGCUGCUGUUCGAGAAGUCCAAGCCGGAGCUGCUCAAGCGGCUGCAGGGCGGCGCGUCGGCCCCGAGCUCCGCCAACUCCACGCCCAACACGGAGAGCGGCAAGACCAGGGGCAAGAGCAAGGCCAAGCAGGACAAGCCCGAGCGCAUGCCGCUCGUGUCCUACAGCGUCAUGAGGGACAAGGAAGUGCGCAAGCUGCUGGACUCCAUCAACGUCCGCGUGCCUACGAAGAACCGGGACGAGAUCAUUCAGAUUCACAAAGAGUACGUGCUGCUGUCGAACGCUCAAGCAGACUCGGUCAUCCCGAAGAGCACGAGUCAGCUACGUGAAGAGGUGGUGCGAAACCACUACGCCAGAAUUCAGCAGAAGGCUAAGGCGGACGCGUUCAAGCGGUCCCAUAGCGGGGGAGAGAAUGCAGGAAGCGGGAACGCGGCGUCUCCGGCAUCCGGCGUGUCGGUGCAAAUGCGCGCCAAUUUUGAGAAACUUAGACAAGACAUUGCCGACCGGAAGGCGGGGAAGAAGCCGCCGACGCCAGCGACCGACACGUCGUCAGCAAAUACUCCAGCGAAGUCACAGGGUAAUACUGCAGAGGGGGAUGCGGCUUCAGUCGGCGUGUGGCGUCACUUUUGUGCGCUGGAUACGAGCAUCAAGCAGGAGUUCUACGUGAACUCG